GGUCAACCCCAGGUGGAGCCAAGAUCGAACGCGGAAGAGUUGAGACACAGGGUGUGAAAACAUCCAAAAUGGCUUCACAAGUUUCAGCUUAUUCGGCUGCUAGUUCAGCCUUGUACCAGAGUACAAUUGCGAGUACUGGCAUUCAGAGAGAAACUUUUCAAGAUCGUAUGACACAGACAAAAAACUGGCUGUACAACCCCGAAGAUGGAACUGUGAUGGGAAGAACGCCUUUUGAUUGGUGUAGGUCUUCAGUCUUCGGCUAAGUUCUUUAGUAGUGUUUCUGUAUUUCAAAAUAAACAAUAGAACGGUUACGACCAAUUUACUAACACAAUUAUUUUAAAUAUAUUUUUGGCCAUUAUUAUAAUCAUGUAAUCGAUGUAGAUAGAUUGAAGUGUCCCCACAAUUUUACAUACUGUGCUUACUUAACUCUCUCAUCUGUGUAGCAGUCACUGACAGUAAAUUCAGUAGGCUAAACAAUUUUGGGCUAAUGCAGAGAAUUGGUGCCAUUAGGAAUACAUUUAGUGUUCAAGUUCAAGUUAGGUUUAGGGAUACCUCUGGGGUUCAGUCGGUUCAUGUUAGGUUUAGUGAAACUUUAGUGACAGUGAAUUAUAAAAGUUCACUGGUCGUGGUAACCAAGAAGGCGGCCCUAUGACUGUGAUACGUCAUGGCACCAAUUGUCUGCAUUUAACCAAUUUUUUUAACAAAUACUAUAGGCCUACUGACCAAGGCUAAGAGUCUUAGUUGGACUACUACUACUGGCCACUGGUACUGCAUUUCAUAUUAAUAUUACACAAUCAAAUCAAUGACGAUGGACCCUUAUUUUUAUAAAAGCCCCAACUUACGAUCAUAAGAUAAGGCAGGCAGGGUUCUGGAACUUGGCCUUUGGGAUUCACAUAGAAUAAUUGUUCCCUUUGUAAUCCCAUUUUUACAUUUGACUUGAUCAUACAUUUUUGUGGGUUUUUUGGUAUUGGGGAAUGAGUUCAAACCCAUAGAGUUCUAUGAUCCCUCCUUGAGAUCAACUGGGCUAGGUCUAAGCAUUGGCCUUACUAAUUUAACUGUAACAAGGAUGGAAUUGUCAUGAAUUGAGUUAAUUUUAAUAGUUAUACUAUAUAGGAAUAAAUCAUGUUUGUUAGGAACGAUUUGAUUUGGCUUUUAAUUAAGUGUGAGAACCACAGGUACACAACCUUUUUUGACACGCUAAGCCACUUUAUUAUAUUUUAUAGACACUAAUUGACUUGCAUACCCAUAUUUUAAAAAAGCCUUUUAAAUAGGGUAAAAGAAAACACAUCGAACGCAAAGAGUUUUCAAUAUAACAAUUCAUUAUAAUUUUAAUUUGUGACAUAUUUAAUGAGAUAGUUGAAAUUGAGUUAUCCUUCAUGCUAACCUCAUAUCAGUCUCAAAAUUUAAUUUUUUUUUGUUAAAUUUGGAAUCUGUGAAAAUGAUCUCUCGAAGAUAUGAAGAAGCAAAUUAGUGAUUUGUUACAUUAAUUUAAAUUAGAUCCUAUUAAAAAUUGCCUUAAAAUCAAUAUCAUCAUCAUCAGUGGUGCUACAGCCUUUGAAGGGCCCUGGCCUGCUCCACCACAUCCUUCCAAUCGGAUCGAUCCAUGGCUUUCUGCCUCCAUACGCGAACUCCCAACUGGUGUAAGUCCUUCUAUACAUCAUCGAUCCAUCUCAGUCUUCUGCCUCUAUAUCACUAUCCAGCGCUGUCUACCUUUUUUUAUUUUUUUAUUGUUGCAACUUCUUCUUCUUCUAUAUCUUAAGGGCCCACGAUCAAUUUAUUGAUCAUUUUGGCUCCUAUGCAUGUAGAUGGGAUUUGCAAUGUUUCUGUUACUGGUGGUGAUGAGGAAAUUAUGUACUAGGGGUUUGAAGGCUUGAGGCAAUAGACACAAAUGUGUCUAGUGUUGUCGCCUCAACUGUUCCUUUUGAAAGAUGGUUCGUCAGGGACUAACAGAACCCGUCCUUACUCGUCGAGGAUAUGACCGAUCUUGCUGGUAUGAGCCUGAAUUGCCUGUCAUGGCCUCGUCGCUGUCUAUGGGGGAGAGGGACGAGUUUCUGUUUAAUACUCGAACAGUGGACCAGCCCAUUAUUUAUCUUGUACAUCAUGGAGAGCCUGGAUUGUCGUCGUCGUUUCUCCAAUGGUGACCAGCCUAGUGUUUCUAGCAUGCUGCCAACACUAGAGGUAUUCCUGUAGCGGUUUAGGGUGGGUCUUUGUACAAUUGAUACAGGUCUUGGUUUGUACGGAUUCUCCAAACAUCAUUGUCUAUCACUGGGCCAUAUUUUUUCUUGAGGUAUUUUUCUCUCCCAUGUAUUGAGCAGGUUCUCUGCUUUUCUGGUAAAGGACCAAGUCUGACUAGUGUAAGUUACUAAUAGUCUUAUGAUAGUGGUGUAUAUUGUCUUCUUUGUUCCCCUUGAGAGGUUUUUGCUUCCCAGUAGCUUUUGAAGGCUGAAAUAGGAACGGUUGCCUGCUGUUAUCCUUUCUUUCAUCUCUAACAUUAUUUCAUUGUGCUCAUUUAUAGAUAUUUGAAAGUAGUCACUCUCUCAAAGGUGUGGUUGUUUAUAUUGAUGUUGUCAUCAGCGUGGGUUUUUUUUUGGUGAUAUUAUACAUUUUGUCUUCUCUUCAUUUACAUCAAGGCUAGCUUUUUUGACAGAGGCAUCUUCAAGUUCCCUCAGUGCUUUAAUUAUAUCAUUUCUGUUUCUGCCCAGUAGAGCUAAAUCGUUCGCAUAUACCAGGUACUGCAAUUGAUGUCUAUAUAAAGUGCCUGAUGGUUGUUGUUCUGUACUUCCUCUCUGGGAGUAGUUUUUAAUGGUUAGGUUUUUUCAUAUGAGGUUUAGCUUUCGUAACAUUUGAUUUCUUGCGUGACAUCGUCAUCAGCCCUGCGCACAACCAUCUGGGGGGGGGAUGCCCCUUGCUCUCAGUGUAGCUGCCUUUGUAUUGGGUCGUGUCCCUAGACUCCCUCCACUUCCUACAAGGCAGUGGGUUUGGAUUUAGGUCCUUAAAUUUAGUUUCCCCGGUACCCUGCCAUAUCUGGUGGGCUUUCCGCCCACCGUCAUUUUCAAAUGAGGCAGCAGGGAAAAUGAACUCUCGAAAAUAUGUAGAGGCAAAUGAGUGAUUUAUUAUAUUAAUAUAGAUACUUAUUAAAAAGUGCCUUAACGUCGAUAUACUUUUAGUUUAUUGUUUUAGCCGGCAACUCAACAUAAAAACCUUCCCAACCCCAUUUAGGGUCGUGACCCGUGGGUCUGAAUCGAAUUUGCUGUAGGAAAGUAAUGUCACUACCUACAAGACAAAGUGAACUUAACUUCAUUUUAUCCUCAGAUAUGAACUAAGACCUGUAAACAGACCCCCUUCCUCUUGUAGUCACAGCUGAGGUUUUUACAUACUGGGCACCACAGUUAUAGACAUAUGUGUUAUAUUAAGUAACAAUAUGAUAAUAACAUGUGGCCUGCAAAUAAGUAGAUAUGGGAAGUGUCAAAAUGUGCAGUAGCAAAUUUAUUCUUGGGAAACCCAAGUUUUACCUAGGACUCCUUACAAUCUUUCAAUUUUUAUGUUGUUGUUUUUUUCUUUCCAACAUUGGGAUAAAAUUUAACUCGCGUUGUGGUCCAUACAUCACUUAAAUUUUUCAAAUUUUGUUAACACCCCCCCCCCCCAUCAUCACAAAAGGUUAGAACCUAUCCUCAAAUAUAUCACAAACCUAUUUCCCCCAUUACCCCCCCCCCAAUAUAUUAAAAAUUGUUUUAGUUCACCUGUAUCGAAUUACUGCAUCUGUUUCAGAAACACAUACACAUAACAGAGGUUUCCCUACCUGCAGAGGUGUCACAAGGUUAAAACGUAUCGCAAAUAUUUGACAUAUGGCACCUAUGCAAAAACAUGGAUGCAGCCAGGAUGUCCUGACUCGAAAAAGUUUGAAAACCUCUGCCUUAGAAGAACAUUGCUAAGAUCUGCUUAAAACCAGAAAACAGACAUUUUUAUUGAAUGUAUUAAAGCUGGGGGGGGCAGCUCUCCUGGAGUCUGUACAGUACAUCGUACAUCUGCCUACACAAAUUACAAUAAACACAUGAAAAGGUCAAACUUAAUUACUUUUUCAUCACUGUGCUAUUUUAGUAUCAUACUCAUUACAAAUAUUCAAUUUCUCAAAGUAUUUACUACAAUGCUCACUUUAAUAAAUCGACACAUGAUCAUGUCUAUAAGUCCACACAAAAAAUAUGUAACAAAUUCACAUUGGUGAUCCCAGGAUCAUCUAAGGUAACAAAUUUUAGAAGCUCCAUGCCCCUAAUAGCAUAGGCCUUGGCUUAUUUAGAUAAAUAAUGUUAACUGUAUGUUUUAAUUAACAUCACCAUCAUCAUGUCCCUUAGUCUUUGGACCGUUGGUACGCCACAGAUGACAUAAAAAAACUAUUCUUUUCCAUUCCUCUGUUUUCUGCACUUCGCACAGCAUUUACAUGUGAAUACCUUAUGCCUGACUUCUCUUGAAAUUUGAUCUCUUCAACAGUUUUAUACAUCAUCUGCAUAAUUGUGUUCUUAAGUGCACUCAUUGGAAUGUCUGCUGCUUUUUGUGGGAUUUUCUACUGGGUGAUUGACUGGAACAGCCCAACACUUCAAGGAGCCAGCAGUAUUUUACAAGUAAUCUUGUUAUUUUGUUUCUGUUGCUCCAUAAAGACUAAUGCAUUUUGUAGAAGUUGAAAAUGCACUUAGUGAAAUUCUUCAUUGAAUUACAAUUUCAAAUUAUUUUUUUAAAAUCCAUAAUGCUAUUGCAUUAAUUUUCUUUUUUUUUUUUUUUUUGCUACCUUAGGCUUGACAUUAGUUAUCCCUAACUUUUCAAAAUCGGGGAGUAUAUGACAUGAAGUAUUUGUAUUUGAAUGAUUGUUUACUCAACACAAAACCUGUUAAUUUUUCUAAAAGUCAUUUUCAUGUAAAUCGAAUUAAGAAAUAAGAAUUCAGUCUCUAACAAAUUAAAUACCUUUUUUUAUAUUAAAAAAUGUGACUUAUUUUUGUCCUUAUUUGCAGACACCAGGAAUGUCCUUCAGACCCCAGCCAGAAGUGAGGUCAACUUUGAUCAGGUUCUUGAAAGGUGACACAACUACCUACACUCACAUCAUUGAUCACAUCGAAUCUUAUAUACUGUGUAAGAAUUCUUUUUCUCUCUAAAAUUAUUUAUUGCCAACAUACUUAACUAAUGCAUGUUCCCCCAGACUGGGGCAUAAGCCGCCUACAAGUGAUCUCCAUUCAUCCGAGUCCUGUACUUAGCAGUAGGUUUCACGUGCAUCCCGUCCUUUGUGUGGUUACCUCUAACUUGCGUCUUGGUGAAUAUUUUGACCUUCCGCACUUUCUUUUUCCAUUUCGUUCCAUUAUAGCAGGAGUCCUCAAACUACAGCCCGCAGUUCAGAUCUUAACCUGUUCAGCCAUGUACCCUGUUAUCAGUGACAAAUAUGGAGGUGGACAUUGAUCAUCUCAUUAGUUAAAAGCGUGUCAAUACUUCUCAUUAAAAUUUAUACUCAUACUAAGUUUGUUGAUUAAAACAUAUUCUUGGGUUCAAAUAGUGUCUUUGUUUUUUGUAUUGCACUACAAAUAAGAUAUUUGAGGUGUGAUUAGGAAUUCAUUCAUAUUUUUGUAAACUAUAGUCCAGCCCCAGUGAAGCGGCAGUGUUUUAAAGAAAGUUAGAGGGCACUGCAUUAAUGGGCUUGUCUGGUGAUUUUUCCGGGGGCCUUCGAUCUUUUUGUUGUUUUUUUAUCCAGCAAAAGACUCUUGGCAUAUACUCAGCAUUAGUUACCUGUUGGUUGAGUUUGGCCAUUUUUUAUGUUUAGGAUCUGUGUUUAAUCCUGUUUGUGCCUGUGGAUACUUUCAUUAUCCGUUCAAAGGGGUGAAUACGAAAAAGGGUGCAAGAGAUAUCCUGUUUUCACUUCAAGCUCAUCUGUGAGUUUGCUCCCAUGUACCACUCCAUGUUAUUCUCUCCUAGGAGUUCUGUAUGAUCCUCACUGACUAACACAUAGCUGUCAAGUAUGAGUAUUAACUAUGCAUUCAACAAACAGGGUAGCUACCAGUGUGAUAUUUUUUUUUUUUUAAUCCUGGAUUAACUUCCCAUGUGUCACUUUAUUCUGACUAUAUAGACGUGAUAUUAAAUAAAAAGAUUAUUUGGUUUAAACCAUGUAAAUAAGAUUUGAAUGAAGGGUUGAAUAUUGGACAAGAUUGUUAAAUUCUAAAAUAGGGCAGUCUUCUCAUUGUUGCUUAAUAAGCCGAACAUUUAAAUUAACAAAAAUUACCACAUAUAGUGUUGCCCUAAUCCACUUAUCACACAAAAUUGUUUUUCCCCACAGAUUAUGAAAACGAGCUCCAAGUAGGUGACCGAUAUAAGGAUUGUAACGAGAUCAGAACACGUCGCACAGAGGAACUGGAUAAAGUUUGUGUGUUUGACCCCAUUGUGUUAGGUGAUUUCUGUGUCAAGCAACAAAAUUAUGGAUAUGACGACGGGCAGCCGUGUGUUUUGCUGAAGUUAAAUAAGGUUUGAAAAUGGCGUUCAGUUUGUCUAAAAAAAUCCCUGCGGUUUUUAGAUCAAUAUUCAAAUUCAUUUUUAAAAAUAAUUUAUAUAUAACAUAUAUGUUAAAACCACCUUAACACCAAGACAAGUGCAGGGCUUUGAGAGUCACUUUUUUCAAAAUAAUUUGUUGGGUCAAAGAAAACAAACUGGAGUUUCUAUAUGUUCCUGUUAGUUUUAAAAAAAACAACAUGUUUAAUAGGAAAGAAAUAGAAUGGACGAAUCAAAAUAGAUAACAAGACACGUCAGUUAAAGUAUAUUUAAAAUAAUUGAUUCGACUAAUCUGUGUCUUUUUAUUUUUUCUAUGAAAAUUUUUUUUUUAUUAACUUUAUAUUAAAAUGUUAUGUUCUUAAACAGUUUCUUAAACCUUUCUGCUUUAACUGGGUGUAAUACACCCAGAGACAGACUUUGAUUGCUGAUAUCUCGAAUCUCCUUAUAAUAAUCUUUCUCCUACUCGACCUAAUCCACAAAGUAGUUGGAAAUGAAAUCCUUGCUGGAUGCAAUAGUAUAAAGCAUGCGAAAGUGACUUGUUUUUGGGGGCCUAAACUUUUUUCUACAGGGCGUAACACACCUGUGCAUAAUUGAAUAGAGGAAAAAAGCGUCUAAACCAACUUGUGAAAUUUUUGUUUGGUUGUUGUUUGUUAAUUAUGCAAGUCCGUGUAAUUCAUAAAUAGAUUUUAAAUUUGACAAUAAAUAAAUAUUCUGAAUGGAUUUGGGUACCGGGGUACCAAGAGUAAUAACAUCUAUUCAACUUGACAAUCCAUUUCAAAGUAGACCAUGUGCACAUGGAAAAUAGGGGCUCUGCAGCUCAGCUUGCACAGUUUUUACAUGAAAGAACAGAAUGUUAUUUGCAAAUAUGUCUAAUCAACUUCCUCAGUUGAAAUGGUUUGGGAAGCUGUUUGAAAUGUUUGUAAAGAUUUCAAAACACUGGUGAUGUUCUGCCUCACAAUAUCUUGGUGCGUCUGGACAAAUCGUCUCUACUUGUGGAGGGGUGAGGAAAUUUUCAACAUCAAUAUUGACUGUCUGAUGUCUUCAAGAGACAUUGAGUUAGUCGGAUAUUUAUAUUUAAAUGCCACUCUUGCUACAAUUGAUGCCACGUCAACAAUGUUGAAAAACACAACCAAAGGCCAUCUUUUACUCCUUUUUUUUUUUUGUAUUCACAGAGAACACCUUCACCAUUUAUUUAUUUAGGCAUUUUUAUAUAGCGCUUACCAUAAAGCUCUAAGCGCUUUACAAUUAUUAAAAACAUGUAAACUAAGUAAAAUAAAAAUGAGACAGUAGGAUAGUAACUACUAUACUAUAGAAACAAUGAAAAUGGCUAUAAAACGAGGACACUUUGACACGUUUUGGCCUAUACUUCAGGAUCAACCCGAAACAGAAAAUGAGGCAGGGCAAGGAGGAUGCAUCACAGGUCAUAGGCGGACCUAAACAGAUGAGUUUUAAGGGACUUUUUGAAAAUGGACGAGGUUUCACAAUGACGGAUAUGGAAGGUGAGCUGGUUCCAGAACGUGGGCCCAUGGAAUGUGCCUCCUUUGAUUUCGUUCUUAUAGAGCACAGUCUCUGGUUUCUUACAUUCAGUUUCACUUUCUACAUGUGGACGAUUGUAUAUUGUGUUCAGGAGCAAUACAUUUUUCUGCUUCGUGCUCUGGUAUUUGACAAGGUUAUAUUUCUAGUCUGAACAAAAAGACUGAUUUGUUGAGGGGCAGAGCCUUCUUUUGCUCGAAUCCCUAGGGUCGGAACAUCUUGUUCCAUUUCACUGUCCAACUAGGGUGAGUCUGCUCUUGGCCAUUGGUUCUGCAAGUUGUAAGGGAAUGAAAUAAUAGUCUGCUCUGAAAUUGGGGUCACUUCCAUGUAAGUCCAUUGUGAGAGAAAUCAGUCCCUGAGGAUAUUCCAACAUUUCUCUUUGCUGGCAGGGCACUUGCAUUUUCUUUGUUGAGAUAAGGGCAGCCUCUAACAAGAUAGUUCGGAGACAAUUCACAGGCCCAGAAGAUUGCUAUUCCAUAUUUGUCUGGCUUUGCUUGGCAUAUAUUGAAUAAAUCUGCAUCGACAUCUGAAACCAAGCAUUUGCUCACCUACUGUGAAGUUCUCUCCGGGAACAAAAUAACUUGCUAAAUUACCCAGGAAUGCUUCUCAUACAUCUCUUAUGGGAGCAAAGAUGUCAUGAGCCAGAAAUGAUUGGCCUAGUAUCCUUUUGGUCAAAGCCAAUAUGAAUCAGAAGUUUGCUGAAUCUCUUCAUUGAAAAUACUGCCCUAAAAAGAGAAUUUACAUCACCAGGUCUGAAUAAAAAUUCCACUGAAAUGCUGUUGAGGUGAAGAGCCUCAAUGUGUAGUAAGCAGCCAAUGCAAGCUUUCAUUUAGAUCGGACCAGUCCCUUGCCAUUUGUUUUCUUUUAAUUUCUCGCCUUCCCUGUUGGUGCAGUCAGCUAUUGUUUGUAUCAUUUUUCAUUAAUGUACAGAACAAAUGCUUCAGUGGGAGAAAUUAUGUGAUCUGUGAAGGGCGUUUGGUUACAAGGCAACUAAAUCAUGCCACAUUGUAAAAAAAGAAAAUAACUUAAAGAGAGCCAUUUGCUGUGAUAUAAGACUAUGGGUGUAACCCACCCAGUUGUCAAGAAUCGACAGAAACUUUUUCCCAUUAUAGUAAGGGUGUGCCAUUCCCAGUCAUGAGGGUCAGGGUAUAUAAUAUGUUGUGACGGAAAGUGUUAAUUUAAAUUAGCUAGUUAAUCUGUUAAUGCCUUUUCAUCAUCAUCAUGUCCCUUAGUCCUUGGACCGUUGGGGCGCCACAGAUGACAUGUGAACUAUCCUCCAUUUGUCUCUGUCUUCUGCACUACGCACAGCAUCGCCCAGUGUUAGUCCUGUCCACUCUUUGAUGUUAUUAAUGCCUUUUGGAACCUCUUAUUACAUCUGACAUGAGCACUGAUAUUUUUUUUUUAUUCCUAGCCCAAAUUCCUGUAGGCUCUGUUUACCUAGAAAUGUCUUGAAACCUUUGGUGGCUCCUUAAUUAAACUAUUCCAAAAUAAAUUAGGUUAUAAUAUUUCAAUUUUUAUUAACAGUAAUGUCAAGGUGAAUUUGAAUAUUAGAAAAAUAAUGUAAGUUAAGUGUUAUUGACAUAAAUACUCUUCUAACUGUCUGUUGCUUUAAGAAUCUAAUAUGAUUUAUACUUUUACAAAAUGUCUAGUCACCCGUAGAAGUUACAUUUGUUACACAGAGAUCAGAAUACAUUUUGGUCAAAAUUUUGACCAAUCCUUGAAUUAUCUAUUAUGAAAUAUAAAUAAUUAAAUUUCAAAGGUGCCUAAGUGAAGCAAGGAUAAUCUUUCCCCCCCCCUGUGUCUCACAGAUCCAAAUUAAAAACAAGGGCAAUGUUGACAUGUAAUACAAUUAAUUGAAGGAAAUAUUUGCAAUGGCAGGUUGGCCCAGGCAGCUUUAACUAGUAUAGCAGAGCUUGUAAUAUUAACUUUUUAAAAAUUAGACUAACUAGGGCUUAACCGGGUGCAGCUUUUUACACAGGGUCCGGGGACUAUUAGAAAAAACCUGGUGGGUCCAUGUGUUACAAAAAAAAAUGUUUUCUAUUAGCAAUAGGUCGACAAGACAGUUUUACACCCAAUCUGCUGGCCUUUAAACAAUAGGCCGACAGACAGUCCUACAUAUAGUUCAUAUAGUCCCUCAUACAAUCCUACAGACAGUCCUAAACCAAUCCCCGUUGCUUUUUAUUGAUUAAUAUAAUAGUCGACUUCGAAAAAAUUCAAACUUAUUACCUGGUUUCAACCAUCACGCACAAAUUUCACUGCUUGACAGCUUUUUUUUUUUUUUCAUUCAGUACUAUUAAAAUAAAACAUGUUGAGUAGGGGCAGGGCUGAUAGUGAAAAGGAAGCAGCCAUACCAGAAGCAAAAUAUAUAUAAGAGAUCUUUUUUUUAAAAAAAAUUACUCGUUUUGCUUUCCUUAAGUAAUAGUUGCAUUUAUUAAUUUUUCUUCUUAAAACAAAUUGAAGAAUGAAAAUUUCAUAAAAUAAAACCAUUAAUGAUCAGCAUAAUAAGUGUUAUGAGGCACAACAGUACAAAAUAAAUUUCUCCCAUGCAGAUUUUUGCUUGGGUACCUGAAGAAUAUACACCUGAAAGUGUCCCAGACCUAAUCAAAGAUGACUGGAAGGAGGAGGAUCCUUGGUGGAUCCAUGUACGAUGUGAUGGGGAUGUGAGUGUCAUGUUCAAUCUAAGACAUUUAAUUAAUUUUUGGUCAUCAUAUUUUCAUAUUUAUUGUUUAUUUUUAUUAACUUAAACAUUUUUUUUUUUUUAAAUCUGCAACAAGAAUGCCAAGAUGUGGAUUUCUUUUCCAACCCACCUCCCCUUUCCUUUUCUGCAUUAUACAGUGUGAAAUGCCUGGAAGUAUAUUAGCUAUUAUAAAGAGCAGACAGUCACUAGAUACUAGAUUUAAAUAAGCUUAAUAUAGAUCAUUUAAUUAAAGUUAACCAGUCCUAGGUAUUGGAUAAAAUCUUUAUUUAAAAAAAAACUUGUUUCAAUUUGUUAAUAAAUAGCAACCAAAUUUUUACUAAACUCUUGAUGGUUUAAUAUUAUAUUUAUUUUGCAAUAUCACAAAUAGAUCAGCCAUGGAGGACGUCAAUAUGUAAACUUUUAAACAUACUGUAAUAAAUUAAGUGGGCCUAAAGCAUCAUACAAUACAGAAAAUGCAGUCUGCAAGAUCUUUUACUUCCCCUAGCAUUUGAACAAACCCCUUAAAUGGGUGCCAACAGAAGAUUAUGUAAUGUUAGAUAAUCCAUUUGUUUUUGUUUGUUUUUCAGGAUGAUACUACCCGAGAGAACAUGGGAGACUUGUUGUAUUUCCCAGCACAAGGUUUUCAUUUCAAGCACUUUCCUUUUCUCAACCAGCAAGGUUACAGGUCACCAAUAAUGUUUCUUCGCAUGGACAAUCCCCGUCCUGGUGUUCUCCUCAUGUUGACAUGUCGAGCUUUUGCCAAAAAUAUAAUCCAUGACAGAGUGGAACAAGUCGGUCAAAUUCAUUUUGAAGUUCUUGUGGAUUAAUUUUAAUUUUUUUUUAAUUCUCUUAAGGACGAAAGGCAUACUUGACAAUAAUUUGAUAGACAAAACACAUUCAGGCUUUUUAAUGUAACAAAACACAUUUAGGCUUCUUAAUGGUAGAAUUUACCUUUGUAUUUGUAUUUAUUCCACUAGUAAUUCAUCCUUGAGUUUUAAUAAAUUAAAUAUAUUCUCAAGGGUCAGGUAUAAAUUUCAGGGGCUAUAAUUAUUGUCUUAAGUUAUUUUAAUAGCUACCUCCCUUGCAUCACAAAAAAAAAAAUAUAUAAAGUUUUCAACACUAACACUUGCAGCAUUUCUUCAAGAAAGUUUUCUUAUAAUAGAGAUUUAGAUAGAUGAGCAUUGUGUUUUAGAGCAUAAAUGAUAUUGUGUUAUUGAUUGAAUACUAAUUAUAUAUCUUUAGGGCAUACAGCUUGUGAGCAAUGUUAUUUUGUCAUCAAAGGCGGUAUCCACAGAAUUAAUUAUGCUUGUAUAUUUUUGUAUUAUAUUAUCUUUUGUGGCAAUGCUAACACUUAAAUCUUCACCUCUCAUAAAAUGAGCUGUUUGACAUAUCAUCCCUCAUUUAUGAUCUCAAGGGAAGAUUUUACGCGUAUACUGGUUAAAUCUUCUGUAAUAUUGGUAACCAUGAAGCAAAUCCCAUUUCCUAAUUGAAACAUUCUGUAUUUAAAAUUUAUUUAUAGAAAUGGCAUAUUGGAGACAUUUUAUUAUUUUUCUACACUUAAUUCUUAUAUUUCUCUGCAGAUAGCUCAGUACCGCAUUCCUCUAUCCCUCCUAUGAGUGCCUGAUUUCUAUGUAAAUAAUGAUUAGUUUGAGCUGUAUAUUGCUUUCCAUGACUUGUAGUCUAUUACUUAUAUUUUACCAUCAUUGAUCUGACAUAUCAAUUCCUUAUACAAUUGUAAAUGACAUUCCAAAUCAUAAUUUUUUUAAAAGCAAUUCCAUGCCUGCUCUUUUGUCUAUAUUUUUAAGACAGCGUUUUUGCCUCCAUCAUUCCAAAGUGACAUCUACUUUACAGGUCAUUGUAUUUCCUUUUUAACAUGACCUUCGCCCACAUAAGAUCUGACAGUGUUGACAUAUUUUUAAGACAAAAUUUACUUAUUAUGAUCUCUGCUCAUUUAAAAAUAUCUUUUUAAAGGAAAUAGUGAAAUGAGCAUCACAAAAGUAUAUUUAUAAAAAUAUUCCAGAAUGACAUUGAAAACAUCUAUGUUUUUGGCUAGAGCUAUAUUUUGUAUUUUUAAGCUAGACGUAACCCGCAAAACAAUUGCGGCGGCAAUUAGUGAAAUUCCCUUCUAAUAAAGUUACUCGACAGAACGUGCAUUCAAGUAACGAGCUUCAUAAAAACACACCAAUUAAUGCUAACUUCUGGGAAUAUUAUUUUCUGUGCCUAUCGAACACAGCAUUACAGCCAUACAUAGAGAAUGAUUAUUUGUGAUCUUCUUAUUUGGAAAAGGCCCUUUCAAUUAUAUAACGGGGCACACUGCCAUUUUUUAAAAUGGUAUUUCUUAGGGAGGAAAAGUAAAUUUUUAAUAUUUAACCACUGAAUGUGAACGUUUGACCUCAAUAAAUUAACUUGAAUUGGACAUGAACAAACUUCUUUCUUGUACCCUAAGUGUAAAUAUCAUCUCCAGAAUCUCCACUGAUAUCCAGAUGCUCGGUUCUGGUCUUAUUUUUCCUCACAUCUGGACUUUUGAUUUCUGUCAUGACAAAUCCUCAAACUAAAGCCCUAUUGCAAUGUAUAAACAAAUGAAUAAAAUAAUUGUUUUUUGAACUUAA